AGCAAUGCAACGAGAGGGAAAACACUACUGCUUUAAAUAGCUUGGCAAUCAGUGGAUAUCAGUCCAUCCUUUUCCGAGCCACAAUGAAGAGCCCGUUGUGGCUGCUGUGUCCGUUUGUCUUGUGUCUGCAUGAGUGUUGGAGCAACAGGGAGAAUGGACAGGGCGGCAUGCUUCUUGCCGGGCCUCUAAUGAAGCAGGCCAGCACAGACGGUGGCGCGAAUGAUGCCCUUUUUGACUGCAGUCACCCCACACCUCCUGGCUUUCGACAGUACUUCGAGCACCUGACGAGCAGAGGGGUGACUCACUUCAAAGUACCGCUGUCAUGGGCUCAACUGUUACCUACAGGCCUUCCUGACCAGCCCCAGCAGAGUGUAGUGACCUGUUACCGGAGCCUGCUCAAACAGCUGCUCCACGUGGGCCUUCAGCCUCUGGUUGUUCUUCAUGGCUCCACUGUGCCUGAGGCUCUGAGGUCAAGGUAUGGAGGCUGGGAGAGCCAGGAGCUGGUCAACAGGUUUCAACAGUACGCAGAGUUUGCCUUCCGGGAGUUUGGAGGUCUGGCACACUCGUGGGUGACACUGAGCGACCUGGGUGAUGUUUGGCGUGAGUUAGAGUCUAAAGUUUCCCCCAAGCAAAACUUCCUCCAGCUCAACAGGAAAAUCUACCAGGUCUAUCAACAGUUUCAUGAAGCAGGGGGACGUUUGUCACUUGGUCUGAAAGCUCAGGAUGUGGACAUCAUUCCUCAGAUUAAAGACUCAACAAUGGAUUUCCUUUCAGUGCACACUGAAUAUCACUGUGCCUCCACUGCAGACUUUACAAAUGAUCUGAGGAACAUACAGAUGUACAGUGGGAACUUGCCGAUCCUCAUCUACGAGAUGACUGCUCCCGAUUGCUCUUACGGUGACUUCAAGCUCCUCGGCAAGAUCCUGCAAGUCCUGAAAAACAAUAACCUGAACAUUGUGGGAUUUGACAUGAGGGAUGUGCUAGGUACACUGGACAUGCAGGAUGCUGGAGUCAGCAUUCCAGAUUAUACAGGGACGAUAGAGUCCAGGAACACUUAUCAGACUGUGUGGGAUACAUUCAAGGCCCAGCUUACAACACAGAGAGACAGUUUCCUGAAUGAGUCCUUCCCUGCUGACUUCCAGUGGGCCACCUCCAGUGAAUCCUUCAAGGUUGAAGGUGGCUGGUCAGAAGGUGGAAAAGGGGAAACCAUCUGGGACCGCUUUGGCCACCAACACAUGGCCUUUGCAAAUCAGACAGCUGAUCUAGCCUGUGACAGUUUCCACAAGGCGGAUUAUGAUGUCUACCUCCUGCGAGGUCUUCAUGUCACCACCUACCAGUUUUCCAUCUCCUGGGCUCGUAUUUUCCCUUCAGGCCACCGAAGCAGCCAAUCAGAGAAAGGGGCUCUCUACUAUGACAAGUUGAUCAAUGCACUCAUUGACUCUGGCAUACAGCCUGUUGUCACUCUCUUCCACUGGGAUCUGCCACAGGCACUGCAGGAUCACGGUGGAUGGACCAACACCUCCAUUGUUGAAGCUUUCGAGGACUAUGCAGACUUCUGCUUCUCCAGGUUUGGAGACAGGGUCAAGACCUGGAACACAUUCAGUAGUCCCUGGGUGGUAAGCCAUGCUGGGUACGGAACUGGUGUGCAUCCUCCUGGAAUAAAGGACUAUGUGGUUGCAUCCUAUCAGGCCACUCACAAUAUACUAAAGUCCCAUGCUGAGACUUGGCAUGUCUACAAUGACAAAUACAGGACGAAACAAGGAGGAAAAGUGGGCAUAGCUUUGAAUUCUGACUGGGCAGAGCCCAAAGACCCCUCUAGACCUGAAGACAUAGCAGCUGCAGAUCGUUACCUGCAGUUCAUGUUGGGCUGGUUUGCACAUCCCAUAUUUGUAGAUGGAGAUUAUCCUGCAACACUGAAGGCCCAAAUUGAAGAGAAAAAUAAAGAGUGUCCCCUCUCUGAGCCGGCAAGGCUUCCAGUUUUCACCCCUGAAGAGAAAAAGAGGAUACGUGGAACAGCAGACUUUUUAGGUUUAAACCACUAUACCUCCAGGCUGGUCAACAACAGUGAUGGUGGCUGCACCCCUGGUCCUCAGGGGGUUGGUGACUUCCAGGCACAUGUGGAUCCAUCAUGGUCGUCUACAGCUUCUGACUGGAUAUAUUCUGCACCCUGGGGUCUCCGAAGGCUCCUAAACUACAUUUCCAAAGAAUAUCUGAAUGUUACCAAAGUGCCUGUUCAUAUAACUGGGAAUGGGAUGCCAACUGAUUACAAAGGGGACACACUCAAGGACACGAGCAGAAUAGACUACAUGAGGAGUUACAUCAAUGAGGCCCUGAAAGCUAUACAUCUGGAUGGAGUAAAUGUGCAGCGGUUUACUGUUCAGUCACUAAUGGAUGGUUUUGAGGGCCCACAAGGCUACAGUGAACGGUUUGGACUUCAUCAUGUCAACUUUGACCUGUCUGACAGACCCAGGACUCCAAAGCAGUCUGCCUAUUUUUACUCUGAGGUUAUUGAAAAGAACGGUUUUGCUUCCAACAAACAGUCGGUUCAUGUAAGAGAAGUGAACAACAUGCAACCACAUCGAGUUUCCCCAAUGCCACCUUCCACAGUCCCAUCACAAGCCAAGGAUGUCUGGAGGAAAUUCUCGAGCCAAAGUAAUUUUCAGAGAAAACUUUACCACUAUGGUACUUUCCCUUAUGGCUUCAGUUGGGGUGUAUCAUCAUCAGCUUACCAGAUUGAAGGUGGCUGGAAUGCUGAUGGAAAGGGGCCCAGUGUUUGGGAUACAUUCACUCAAAAACCUGGCAGUAUUCCUGGUAAUCCCACUGGUGAUGUAGCCUGUGACAGCUACCACAGACUUGAUGAAGACCUCUACAUGCUGCGAGCUCUGAGGGCAAAGUCAUACAGAUUCUCUUUGUCCUGGUCCAGGAUCUUUCCUGAUGGUCAGCGGACCUCCAUGAACCAGAAAGGUGUCGACUUCUACAACAGACUCAUUGAUGGUCUCUUAGCAUAUAACAUCACCCCCAUGGUGACUCUCUAUCACUGGGACCUCCCUCAAGCUCUGCAGACCAUCAAAGGUUGGGACAACACAGAAAUGAUUGACAUUUUUAAUGACUUUUGUGAUUUCUGCUUUGCCACAUUUGGGAACAGAGUGAAAUUCUGGAUGACCUUCAACCAGCCUUACACAAUUGCAUGGUCAGGAUAUGGACUUGGACAGAUCCCACCAAAUGUUAAAAGUCCAGCAAUUGCGCCAUACAGAGUUGCACACAACUUGAUUAAAGCUCAUGCUAAGGCCUACCAUACAUAUGAUGAUAAGUACCGCAAAUCCCAAGGUGGUCUAGUAUCCAUUGCUCUCAAUGCUGACUGGAUUGAACCUAAAGAUGUUAAUGUUCCCAGAGAGGUGGAGGCAGCUGAUCGUGCUCUGCAGUUCCAACUUGGCUGGUUUGCUCACCCUAUUUUCAAGAACGGUGACUAUCCUGAUGCAAUGAAGUGGCAAGUUGGGAACAAAAGUGAACUUCAGGGCCUUUCGGGAUCAAGACUUCCUUCCUUCACUGAUGAAGAGAAGAGUUUUAUCAGGGGAACUGCUGACAUGUUCUGCAUAAACCACUACACAACAAAGAUUUCAAGCCAUGCUACUCUCAGGCUUACACCGCAAUCUUAUGAAUAUGACAAGGAUGUGUCAGAAGCAGAGGAAGGUGAUUCACCAACUACUGUCAUCAGUAACCAGAGAGCUGUUGCAUGGGGCUUGAGAAGACUCCUCAACUGGAUCAAAGAGGAGUAUGGGGAGCCAGACAUUUAUAUUACUGAGAAUGGAGUAGCUACAGAUUCAAAAACCACUUGGGAUGAUUCUACCAGAGUAUUCUAUUUCAAGACCUAUAUUGAUGAGGCUCUCAAAGCCCAUGACCUUGAUGGUGUGAAGGUGAAAGGCUACGUGGCUACAUCCCUCAUGGAUUCCUUUGAGUGGCUUCAUGGGUACAAAGUUGGAUUUGGGUUGCACCAUGUGGACUUCACCAACCCAAACCGACCAAGGACACCCAAGUACUCAGCUCAUUACUACUAUCAAGUCAUGAGGGACAAUGGUUUCCCCACACCAGAUGAUGAAAAAAUGCUUUAUGGUCAUUUCCGUAAGAAUUUCAUUUGGAGUACUGCAACAGCAUCAUACCAGAUUGAAGGGGGAUGGAGAGAAGAUGGGAAAGGUCUCAGCAUCUGGGACAAGUUUGCUCACACUCCUCUCAGAGUGUUCAAUGAUGAUGACGGGGACAUAGCAUGUGACAGUUAUCAUAAAGUAGAGGAGGAUGUUGCCAUGUUGAAGCAACUUAAAGUGACCCACUAUCGUUUCUCCAUAUCCUGGUCAAGGGUGCUUCCUGAUGGCACCACCAAGCACAUCAAUGAGGCUGGCCUCAACUAUUACCACAGAUUGGUGGAUGCACUACUUGCUGAAAACAUCCAACCUCAUGUCACUCUCUACCACUGGGACCUUCCACAAGCUCUGCAGGAUAUUGGUGGCUGGGAGAAUGACACCAUUAUUGUCAAAUUCAGAGACUAUGCUAAUGUUAUCUUUGGCAGGCUUGGUCCUAAAGUUAAAUUUUGGAUAACUAUUAAUGAGCCAUACAAUAUAGCCAAUGUAGGCCACGGCUAUGGAGCAGCUGCCCCAGGCAUCAGUUUCCGACCAGGAACUGCUCCCUAUAAUGUGGGCCACAACCUGAUUAAAGCCCAUGCCGAGGCCUGGCACCUCUACAAUGACAAGUACCGAGCCACACAGAAAGGAAUUAUCUCUAUCACAAUCAACUCUGACUGGUCAGAACCCAGAAACCCCUACAAGCAGGAGGAUGUAGAUGCUGCAAGACGUGUAGUGCAGUUCUAUAUUGGCUGGUUUGCCCAUCCCAUAUUUAAUGGAGACUACAGCCCCACAAUGAAGACAAUCAUUCGGGCGCGAAGUUUAGCUGCUGGUCUGGCAAAAUCUCGGCUGCCUGAGUUUUCUCCUGAAGAGAUUAAGAGAAUUAAGGGUACCCAUGAUUAUUUUGCGUUCAACCAUUACACCACAGUUCUAGCCUUCCCCGUGGAUUACAAAAAUCUCCAGCACUAUGACGCAGAUCGUGGUGCAGGGACAGUUGCUGAUCGUACGUGGCUGGAUUCGGGCUCAGGGUGGCUGAAGGUCUCACCGUUUGGAUUCCGCAGGAUUUUGAACUUUAUAAAGCAGGAGUAUGGAAAUCCUACUAUUAUCAUCACUGAGAAUGGUGUCUCGGAGCGAGGGCCUGUUGACCUAAAUGAUAUCCACAGGAGCCAUUUCUAUGAAAAAUAUAUCAACCAGGUGCUAAAAGCCUACUUGCUAGAUGGUGUGGAUAUCCGUGGUUACACAGCAUGGUCGCUGAUGGACAACCUAGAAUGGGCGACUGGCUAUGAAGACAGAUUUGGCCUUUUCUACGUCAACCGAUCAGACCCUAAACUUCCCCGAGUGCCCAAGUCCUCUGUUAAACUCUACUCCACCAUCAUCACAUGCAACGGAUACCCUGACCCCACCUCAGGACCCCAUGAGUGUAUGAACCCUGUGCCUGAAGGAACUAGUGCACCCAUGUCUAUGGGAACGAGUACAACAUUGUCUAUGGAAACGAGUACAACAGUGUCUAUGGAAACGAGUACAACAGUGUCUAUGGAAACGAGUGCAGGAACGAUUGCGCCGAUCACUGACAACACGGUGAAAUUCCUGGGAAUGACUCUUACGACCAGUGAUGCUGAGAUUGGACUUACCACAACCUUUGCUCUACUGGUUGUUUCAGUGUUUGUUGCUAUUGGUUCAUUAAUUGGUAUCUGUAUGUUGAAACGUAAAUGAAAGAAAAGCCUGUUUGUAGAAAGUAUGAAGAUGGAAAAUAGGUUUUUAACGGUAAUCAUGCAGAAGAUUUAGAAGCUGAUUUUGUUGUUAUCAAAAAGAUGCAACUUCAUAUGAUUAUUUAAGUUUGUUUAAGGCUUUAAAAACGAUUUAAAUCCUGUCCUAAGAGCGCAAUAAAACAAAUGUCUUUUAUUUUUGCUUUUAUCCAACAUAUCCAUUAUGUUACUGUUGCUGACUAUGAUUAUACAUUUACAGUUUUCAUGUGAUCUACAUGAUGUAAUAUUUCACAAACUGAUCCUAAACGACACUCAACUUAUAAGAUGCAUCUAUGAAGUUGUUUAUAAAAAACUUUUCUUCCUGUAUUCAAGUAUUGCACAUAUAUGUAAGAUAAUAAAUAAUUUUAAGAGAA